UACCCAGAGGGCAUUUCGUUCUGCUACAAGCUGGCUCCCUCCGCUCUGGGAGUGUUUCCCAUUUAAACAAACACGGUAUCGCCGAAGAUGGCGGAGAGUUUGUAGAGGCUUUAAAGAAGCUGGUGCAGUCAAUGAAAGCGUCCAAGCCGGAGAUGUUGAGAAGUCACGCAGGCCCUGAAUGGAGUUUGACUGGGACUCAUUCUGCCUGAGGUGCUGAUAAUGUGCUGAAGAUGAGUGGCGUAGGAGACAACUCGUUGGAGCCGCUGUGCUCCGACCGCAAACGCAAACUGUCCAGCUGCGACACGCCGGGUCUGGGGUGUGACAAGCGUCGGAGGGAGCAGGAGAGCAAAUACAUCGAAGAGCUGGCGGAGCUCAUCUCCGCCAACCUCUCCAACAUCGACAGCUUCAACGUCAAGCCUGACAAAUGUGCCAUUCUCAAGGAGACCGUGAGGCAGAUCAGGCAAAUAAAAGAGCAAGGAAAGAGCUCUUGCAAUGACGACGACGUGCAGAAAGCAGACGUGUCCUCUACUGGUCAGGGGGUCAUUGACAAGGACCAUCUGGGGCCCCUGCUCCUGCAGGCGCUGGACGGCUUUCUGUUUGUGGUCAACCGAGAGGGCAGCAUCGUGUUCGUGUCCGACAACGUGACGCAAUACCUGCAGUACAAGCAGGAGGAGCUGAUCAACAUCAGCGUGUACAACAUCAUCCACGAUGAGGACAGGGACGAGUUUCGCCGGAACCUGCCCAAGUCUAGUGCGCCAAACGGGGCACCUUGGGGUGGAGAUGUGCCGCAACAGAAAAGCCGAACCUUUAGCUGUCGGAUGCUGGUGAACCUGGUUUACGGUCAGAGUCACGGGUUGCCUGAAGAGAGGCCAGGCGGCCAGCGUUACGAGACGAUGCAGUGUUUUGCUCUCACUCAGCCUCGAGCCAUGAUGGAGGAGGGAGAUGAUUUACAGUCGUGUAUGAUCUGCGUGGCGCGACGAAUCACGGCGGUUGAGAGGACGGAGAGGUUCAGCACUCGCCAUGAGCUCUCUGGUAAGCUGAUUGAAAUUGAACAUCAGAGCGCUCUGCACACCUCGAUGCUUCCAGGGUGGGAAGACCUGGUGAGGCGCUGCAUGCAGAUGUUCCUUAACAGAAGUGAAGGACAGCCGUGGUCGUACAAACGCCACUAUCAAGACGCUUUCCAUAACGGACACUCAGAGACGCCUCUCUAUCGCUUCUCCCUCUCUGACGGGACGCCAGUCACGGCCCGGACGCGGACCGAGCUCUGCAGGAACCCCAACACGAAUGAGCCACUCUCUUUCCUCUCCACUCACCUGCUGCAAAGGGAGCUCCGUGCUUAUCGUGGAACACAGAGCGGCCCCAUGAGGCCUCAAAACAUGGGCGUGAACAACCCCAGCCAGCAGAUGAACAUGGGUCCAGUGGGGAACAUGGGCAUGAACAGGGGCUACGGCAUGGCGGAGCACGGCAACAUGCCGCAAAGAGGAGGCCCCCCUUACUCCGUCGGCGGCCGCAUGAAUCCCAUGCACCAGAUGAACAGCAUGGGUCAGAUGAAUCAGAUGAAUUCCAUGCAUUCGAUGAGCACGAUGAACCAAAUGGGGUCCGUGAACCAGGUGAAUGCCAUGGGCCAUCAGCAGCAUCAGCAGCACCAGCAGCACCAGCAGCACCAGCAGCACCAGCAGCAUCAGCAGCACCAGCAGCACCAGCAGCAGAUGAGCCAGUUCCAUGGAGGUGGAGCGUACGGGAUGGGUAUGACCAGUCCCACUCAAGCCAGUCCAGGGAUCAACGGGCCGCACAACAUCAUGGGUUCACCCAGAGUCCGAGGAAGCCCCAAGACGGGCGCCAGUCCCUUCUCUCCUGGAGCUUUAAACUCCCCCAUGAGCUCCAGCCAUACUGGGAACUCUGGAGGUGGAACAGGAGGAUCCAGCUACUCCAGCAGCUCCUUAAAUGCCCUCCAAGCCAUCAGCGAGGGCGUCGGAACGAUGCCCCCAUCUCUCACAUCGCCUCCGCCACAAAAGCCCGACAGCUCCCCGAGCAUAAACUCCACCAAUCAGGCCGCAGGCGGCCCCUGUAAAGCAGGCCCUCCGCCUUAUUCAGAAUCCAAGAGCCCAGGUAGCUCGUUGGGGGGAGAUCAGCAGUCGCAGCAGCACCCGCACACCCCGACCGCCGAGGGCCCUCCGGACCGGCCGGACAGCCAGGCGUGCCUUGGAGCCGGAGACUCCAACCGCCGGGCCCCCGACAAAUGCAACAAGAAGCUCCUGCAGCUUCUCACCUCUCCAACAGACGAACUGGUGCAGCCCAAUCAGACGCUCGGCUCGGUGUCCGCUUCCAUGCCGGACGCUAAGGACGGGGCCCCCGGAGUUACCAGCCCGUCCUCGACGACGGGAGUGUCGUCCUCCACCAACGGGAAUCACGGCGCCGUAACGUUGUCCGGGCCAACGAGCCAGUCGCUGCAGGAAAAACACAAGAUCCUCCACAAGCUGCUGCAGAACGGGAACACGCCCGACGACGUGGCCCGCAUCACGGCCGAGGCCACGGGCAAGAGCAGCUUGGACGCGGGGACGCCGGAGCCGGGGCCCGCCGCCGGAGCCGCGGGCGGGAAGGGACCUGAACCCAAGAAGGAGCAGCACAGCCCCAAAAAGGAGAAGCCCCGCCCCCUCCUUCAGUACCUUCUCAAUAAAGACGACUCUAAGGAAGGAGGUGACGUCAAGCCAAAGCUGGAGGAUUUGGACAGGAGAGGAAGCAAGGCAGGUGGAGUCAGCAGCUCGGGCCCUCACACCAUGGAUGGGAAGGUGAAGCUGGAGCCGACUGAUGAGACGGAGACUCUGGAGACCAUCUUGGGCGUUCCGCGGAGCAACUCCGGAUUCUAUCCUGAGCCCGACUCCAGAGCUGGGAAGGAAACGGGGAACAAGCAGGGCUCCUUGUCUGACGCGCUACUUGAUGGGGAAAGAGUCCCAGGCCUGGCAGCGCAGCGUGUGCCUUUCCAGAGAGCUUUGUCCCUGGAUGCUAAGCCCAUGGACGGAGAGAUGGCAGCUGGAGGUGGAGGACUGGCAGCGAGACAGAACGUCCCCUGUCCGUCGCUGGUUAAACAGGAGAACAUGGAUCCUUCCAUCCGACCCGGACCGGUGCCCAACGGCUUUCCCGGAGGCAUGGGGGUGUGUCCACCCCGAGGAAACGCAACAAGAGGAAUGGGCAGAGGUGUCCAUCAGCGCCCUCCGAUGGCGGUUCCAGGGGAGUGGGGGAUGCAGAGGCCCAACAGCAACCCUGUGGCCGGACCGGGACACCCGGGCAUGGCUCGUCCGGGCCAAAUGGGGUUGCCCAUGAUGAACCGCUCCAACAGCGUCGUUGCGAACCCCAGAUCGAUGCUGCAGCAGCAACUCAUGGACAUGGGUAAUAAUGAAGGCGGUAUGGCCAUGAGUCCGUUUGGUGGAAACGGCCCUCCUCCUCAGUCUCCCUCCUGGCCUGACCCUGCCAUGGGAAUGGACAGACCGCAAAAUUGUACAAACAGGGACACGUUUGUUCAUCCCCUGGAGGAGCUCCUGGGGACUCUGCCCAGUAACGAUGGUCCGACUGAUGAAAGAGCUCUUCUGGACCAGCUGGACUCUCUGCUCAAGACCACUGAUGUCAUUGCUCUGCAGGAAAUAGAUCGAGCCCUGGGGAUCCCUGAAAUAGUGGGCCAGGCCCAGGGACCCGAGGGUCCCCAGCCGUGCCCGGAUCCGGUCCAGGGUCCUUGUCUCCCGUCAGAACCCUUUCCGGGCCUUGACUCCUCGAUGAGCUUGGACCAGAAGCCGAUGUAUGGCCAGGCUUACCCGGGCCCCCAGUCGAUGGGAAUGCAGCCUAGUUACGCAGGUAACUCGAUGCAGGGCCAGUCGCCUGGCGGCUUCAACCCCAUGAUGAAUCAGAUGGGCCAGACAGGAGGCUUCCCUGGCAUGGCGAGCAUGGGGGCCAUGGGCAACCCCCGCGCAAACAUGCAGCGUCCUCGCAUGAUGACCGCCACCAAGCCUCUCCGACUGCAGCUGCAGCAGAGACUACAGGGACAGCAGUUUAUGAACCAGGCACGACAAGGCAUGAAAAUGGAAAACGUCCCUGGAGGAAACCCCGCCAUGCGCUCAGCCAUGCAGCCUGGCAUGCAGUCAGCAGGGAUGAGUGGUCAGCCGGGUUUCCUGAGUCCCCAGAUGAUUGCUCAGCGCAACAGGGAGAACAUGAUGAGGAGGCAGAGGAUGAUGAUGAUAAUGCAGCAGCAGCAACAGCAGCAGCAGCAGCAACAGAAUCAAGUGGCGGCAGGAGGCUUCAGUCCUCCUCCUAACGUCACAGCACCAGGGGGCAUGGAGAGCCCCAUGGGAGGGCCCCCGAUGAAUCAGCCCGGACAGCAGGGAUUUAACUACGGAAGUAACUACGGGAUGAACCAGCAGGGGGACUCGACAUUCAUGGCUCCCGGCAGCAGCCCGCCGGGGAAUGUGAUGCAAGGCCGAAUGGGAGGGCCUCCACAGAACGCCAUAAUGGCGGGGAUGCAGGGGAAUCCCCAGGGAGGGCACAUGUACCCGUCUGGAGACAUGAAAGGCUGGCCACAGGGAGGAAUGCAGAGAAAUAACCCUUAUCCUCAGCAACAGUUCCCACAGCAGGCCAACCAGGGCCAGUUUGGACCCAUGAUGAUGAACCCCUCAAUGAGUGGACCCGGACCAGUCAGUGGCCCAGGAGCAGGACAGAUGGCUCAGAUGCAAAGCCAGAUGGGGAUGAACCCAAUGGGGAUGAACAGACUGCCAAUGGGACCCGAUCCGAAGUUCUGCUGAGGACCUCUGGCGGACUCUUCCAGCUGGGACAGCGUGGGCUGGACCAGGACACCCCAGACGGUAGAUAUCCCCCCCGCCAGCCCCCACUCCCUCUUCUUGCUAAAGGAAGUAAGAAGCGACGACUCAGAAGCCUGGGUACAGUCAGGUAACGUGGGACUGUACUGCAAUAAACGAAGUGGGCCACAGAGA